GUCUGUCCUUUUCAACGGAGCGAGCCGUAAGGGGGAGACGGGAGCCAUCUUAGCGCAAACUCCUCAGCACAAUCCGACAAAAUGAUCAUCUACAAGGACAUCAUCACGGGAGAUGAAAUGUUCUCCGACAUUUACAAAAUUAAAGAGUCUCCUAAUGGAAUCUUAUACGAAGUCGAGGGAAAGAUGGUCUGUAGAACAGAGGAUAUCGAUGAUGCCCUGAUUGGUGGCAACGCAUCCGCAGAGGCUGCAGAUGAAGGCUGUGACUCAAGCACAGUCAGUGGUGUGGACAUAGUCCUCAACCACAAGCUGCAGGAGACCUCCUUCACUAAAGACACAUACAAGGCAUACAUCAAGGACUACAUGAAAGCGCUCAAGGCAAAGCUGGAAGAGACCAACCCAGACAGAGUGAAGCCCUUCAUGGCUGGUGUACAGGAAGACAUCAAAAAGAUCAUGAGUAACAUGAAGAACUUCCAGUUUUUUACAGGAGAGUCCAUGAACCCAGAGGGCAUGGUUGGUCUGUUGGACUUCCGUGAGGAUGGCGUCACCCCCUUUAUGACCUUUUUCAAGGAUGGUCUGGAAAUUGAGAAAUGUUGACAUCUCUGAAGACCGUUUUGCCUCCACUGGCUGCUUCAUUUCAUCAGUACUGACCCAAGAUGAGGACCCUGGCUGCUCAUGUGCUCCUUAUUUGGAAUGGAAGCAUUAUUUUAAAUGUCAGGUUACGUGUUUGUCCCCAGCCCAAAUUCAGCCUUUACGGGUUUCCAGUGUCAAAUGCUAUUGGGGAUGGAUAAUGGCAGUAUUGUAUUUGACCCCCACCCACCCACCUCCAGGCCGCAAUUAGGUCAUUCUUGCAGGACUUGCCACUUGCUCUGCAUUUGGUUGUGCGAAAUAAAACGCCCGCUUCCUUAAAGAAUCAUUUUGAUUUCCUGAGCUGUAAGAUAUCUAAUAAACUACUGGACAAAUCUU